GCAAGAAGACAAGCACCGGGGAUAGCCCAGGUCGGUAGAGCAGCCGAGAUCUGAGCCUAGGCAGUCAGGAGCAGGUGCGGGCUUUCGACUAGGCCAGUUGCGAAGCUGUCUGCCUUCUACACUUUGUCCUGGCCCUCACCCUGUGACAGGCGCUCCGCAAGAUGAAUCUCAACUUCACCUCCCCUCUCCAUCCGGCAUCUUCUCAGAGGCCCACGUCGUUUUUCAUAGAGGACAUUCUCCUACACAAGCCCAAGCCGCUGAGAGAGGUGGCCCCUGACCACUUUGCGAGCUCUCUGGCCUCUAGGGUGCCUUUGCUAGACUAUGGCUACCCCCUUAUGCCCACACCCACCCUCCUCACCCCUCAUGCCCAUCACCCUCUGCAUAAGGGGGACCACCACCAUCCUUAUUUCCUGACCACCUCGGGGGUGCCGGUCCCGGCGCUGUUCCCGCACCCGCAGCAUGCGGAGCUGCCGGGGAAGCACUGCCGCCGCCGCAAAGCUCGCACCGUGUUUUCUGACUCGCAGCUCUCCGGCCUGGAGAAAAGGUUUGAAAUCCAGCGCUACCUGUCGACACCAGAGCGUGUGGAGCUGGCCACAGCCCUCAGCCUCUCCGAGACUCAGGUAAAAACGUGGUUCCAGAACCGGCGGAUGAAGCAUAAAAAGCAGUUGAGGAAGACUCAAGACGAACCCAAAGCCGCAGACGGGCCUGAAAGCCCCGAGGGCAGCCCCCAUGCCCCAGAGGCCGCCGUCGCCGAUGCUCGGCUGAGUCUGCCCGCCGGCGCCUUCGUGCUUACUGAGCCGGAGGACGAGGUGGACAUUGGGGACGAAGGCGAGCUCAGCUCAGGGCCGCAUGUCCUCUGAAUGGCCGCGCAGGGGAUACCCGGGAGAGAAGGUUGGCGGGGCCAGACGAGGUUCUUGCGGGGCGGAAAGACUCGCCAAGACUCUAGACUCUAUUCCAGCCGACCCGGGCUGGAAGGACAGACGCAGCCCUUUCAUCAACCUACAGCCGCCCGCGACCCACCCCAAGCUUCCUCCCGAACCCCAUCCCGUCCCCGUCAGGAAUCACCAGUGUGAUCGCUGGUUCCCGUGCCCGGCGUCUUCAGAGCCCAGGACCUGCCCAGUGUCGUAGCCCAAACUGGCACCCGGGUUCGCGAUUCUACAAUUCGACAGAGCUUUCCUCCCGCUGCCAAUACAGCACCUCUCCAUUCUCAUUUCUCAGCCAGUUGUCUCCUAGUUCUGUCACCCUGUACCCGCGCGCGAUCUCUGCACCUGGACAGUAGCUCUCCCUUAAGCAGUACAGUUGACUGCAGAUGAAGGGACCAGGGGGCUGCGGUCAUGCGGGGAUCCAGGCAGAGCCACGCCGGAUCCUUUGAACCUUCAGUGUCCUGACAGAGUUGUCGGAGACUUUUCACUAUUUCUGCUCACACCCCUACCCGGACCCCACAUCUCUAACUCAAAUCCUAAAGCGAUCCCCCUUCUACGGAUUGCGCUUCCAUCCUCUUCCUUCCCGGUGGUCAUCGGUGCGCUCGGUGUCCCGGGCGCUUGCGGCACUGAUGGACCCCACAAUUUCCAUCCCCCACAGAAUCGUGGACAGAGAAAACCCACAGCUCAGUUUCUGUUUCCUGAACUUGUUGCACUUGUCCCGCAACCCUUACA